AUGGCCAAAAUCAAGUCCGUCGAGUACUUCCGCGUCAAGCCGCGAUGGCUGAUGGUCAAGAUCACCGACGAGGCAGGCGGGUAUGGCUGGGGUGAAGCUACGCUGGAAGGCCAUGACCUGGCUGUCGAAGGUGCACUAGACGAAAUGACUGUUCGACUGGUAGGACUGGAAGCCAAUAACAUUGAACAUAUCUGGCAAUUUUUCUGGAGACAUGGCUUUUACCGCGGUGGGCCUGUCUUCAUGUCGGCUCUUUCAGGCAUUGAUAUUGCUCUAUGGGAUCUAAAAGGUCGAACGUUGGGAGUUCCAGUCUACGAGCUCCUCGGUGGCCAAGUUCGCCAGAAAGUCCAAGUGUACGCCUGGAUUGGAGGAGACAGACCGAGCGACAUCGAAGUGGCCGCUAAAGCACGCAUCGCCCAAGGGCUCAAGUGCGUCAAGAUGAACGCAACCGAGGACAUAAACUGGGUCGACUCCCCCCAGAUCCUCGACGCCACCGUGGAGCGUCUCAAAACAGUCAAAGCACUCGGACUGGACGCCGGACUCGAUUUCCACGGCCGCCUACACAAGCCCAUGGCCAAACAACUAGCCAAAGCCCUUGAGCCACAUAGGCCGCUCUUCAUCGAGGAGCCGCUGCUAUGCGAGCACCCCGAAGCUAUCAAGCAGCUGUCAGACCAGGCCAGCGUCCCGAUUGCGUUUGGAGAGCGGCUGUACACGCGCUGGGACGUGAAGCGGUUCUUGGAAGAUGCAUCAGUGGAUAUCCUCCAGCCGGAUAUCGCACACGCCGGCGGGAUCUCGGAGACGAAGCGCAUAGCGAAUAUUGCUGAGGCCUACGAUGUGGCCAUUGCCCCGCAUUGUCCGUUGGGACCAGUGGCGUUUGCGGCGUCGUUGCAUGUUGCACUGUCGACGGCGAACUUUGCCAUCCUGGAGAUGAGCCUGGGAAUGCAUUACAAUACAGAGGCCGGGGAUAUCGAUCUGCUUACCUACCUGAAGGAUCAGAGCGUGUUUGAUAUUGAGGAUGGGUAUGUCAAGGCGCCGACGGGGGUGGGACUGGGCAUCGAGAUUGACGAGGAGCUGGUAAGGGAGAUUGCUGCAGAAACAGUGCCAUGGCAAUGCAAGGAGUUUUAUGGUCCUGAUGGGGGGAUCCGUGAGUGGUAG